CGUAGACCCGGAAAUGUAGUUUUUUGGAGCUCAGGAGUGUCUCCUCGUUGUGGCGGGUAAGUGCGUUUCUACGGUGAAUAUUUGUGUUUACCCGGGUAAAGAGAACUGGUACCGGGCCGGUACCAAAACUGUUAGACCAGAGAGUCAGAGCCCGGACCUGGACCCGGUCUGAGUCUGUUAACGGAGGGAGUUCAUGCUAACGUUAGCAUGCUAACCGGCUCAGGGUAUUAGCAUGCUAACGUUGGCAUGCUAACAUCAACGGAGACGAGGAAGAAUAAUCACAGAAGAGUUUAAUUAACUUUAAUAAUAAAAGAAAUCAUAUUGACUUUAAUAACUGGGUUAAAUUAACUUUAUUAAUAAUAUAAACAGCAUUUAUAUUAAUAAAACAGUAAAAUUAUAUUCAUUUAUAAUAGAAAUGAUACAUAUUUUAAUAACAAAUUCAUGGAGUUUCUGGUUAAUUCUCAGUUUAUUUCUAUGUUUUGGUUUCCUGAUGACUUUAUUAAAUAUAAUUUGGCUUUAUGAUGAUCUUAAUAUAUCUAUUAUUGUUCUCAAUGAUAAAAUAAUCAGCUGAAAAUGUCCCUGAUUGAAAGUAAAGGGAGCUGAUAAUAUAAUAAAAUCCGGGAUUUCAGAAAACCACAAGACAGUUUUCCUCUAAGUCCACUUUAGAUGGACUCAGGUCCAGAGAAGUCUUUAGUGGUUCUGGUUCUGGUUCUGUCUGGUCUCCUCUCUCAUGGUCCAGUCUAGCAGAUGCAGUGAUGAACUGUGUUCACAGUCAAUGGUUUUAAAGUGAUUCUGAGUCCAUGUGGUGAUUUCCAUUCCAGAGUCCUGUCUGUUUUUAAUGCCCUGAAGAUCAGGACCAUCCAGUCCUGGUUCUGUUCCUUGUCCCCCUUUAGUACAGAGAUUUAAUGAUCUGAUCUCAGGGUUUCCCCUACAUGCAAUUGAUCGUGGUGCACCGCCACGGCUAAAUAAAAGCCGCCACAUCUAAAAAAAAUUAGUUUCUAUCUCACAUAGUUCUACCUCGGACUCAUAUCAGCAGUGUUUCCACUACAUUCAUUCAGUAGCGGCGCUGCUUGAUUACGUGCGCCGCUACUGAAAUUCCACAUGAUCAUUAAUAUCAAUGCGCCACUAUGGAUUCUACCCGCACUGUGUGAGUACAACAACACACAACGUUAUUUUGGACUUGUUGUGAGUCAUCAAAGAGCGCCUCUUCUAUCAACGUGAAAGCUUAUACACGUGCUGCGUCCGAAUUGCCCGCUCGCAUACUACAUACUACUGCUAUGCUGCAUCCGAAUUGCCAAGUAGUAGUCGAAGUAGUAUGUAGCAUGUCCGAAUUGGCCACCGGAGCGAGUAGCAUGCUAUUUCAGAUACUACUUCAGAUACUAGACACGCCCACAUUGUAGUAUGGUUGCGGUGCAUCCUACGGGCAUGCUACUGACCCAAAAUGCACCGCGGGCUUCUUCUUUGUCCUCUUAAAAGUUGUAGAAGCGCAUGUGAUGCUAGCACCACCAGCUGCUGCAGCAGCAGCGAAUUGCCUGCUCGCAUACUACAUACGACUGCUACAUACUACUGCUAGAUCCUACUCCUACAUACUGAACACGUUGGCCCAAUUCUGACACACUAGACGAGCGGUGGGGAAAGACGACCCCCGCAGGCAGAGAGUAGGUACUGCACCCGUGCAGACAGUUUUAGACUCUUUGAAUGGUAAAUGUGCAAGUGAUGGAUGCUGCUGUAUUCGGACAUGCUACAUACUACUUCGACUGCUACUUUGACUACUACUUGGCAGUUUGGACGCAGCCCUGGUCUGUAUAGCGAGUAGCGCGGGUAACGUAACGUAAAUGUAACAGCGUAGCUCCUGGAGCGGCAAGAGAGUGGGGGUAACAACGACCCCCCCAACACACAGACACACACCAUUGCAGCUAAAAAAAUUCGAGGGGAAGCACUGGAUCUGUAGACGAUGAAAUGUUGUUUGUUUUGGGUUACCUGUUGUUCCUCUAGAACAGGGGUCGGCAACCUGCGGCUCUGGAGCCGCAUGCGGCUCUUUCUUCCCUAAGCUGCGGCUCCCAAUGGAUUUGGAAAAUAAAUAAUAAAUACUUAAUUGCAUUUUAUUUUAUUUUAUUAUUAUUAUUAUUAUUUUUUUGUAAUUCUAAAUUCAAAGAUUAUAAUGCUCUUGUAACAUUUAAUAAACUAUUAAGGCUGCAACAACGAAUCGAUUAAGUAGAUUCGUCGUGACGAAAAAAUCCGUUGCCAACUAAUUCUGUGAUCCAUUCGUCGGGUCUUUAUGUCCAUGGACACCGGCGUGUAAACAUCAGCAGGACGCACAGAAAAGAAACAGCCAUGGCCGAGGCAGCGGCUGAGAAAAACAUGGACACAACCCAACCCAAAUCCCGACCUAAAACAUCAGUGGUGUGGGAAAACUUCACCAAGACUGAAAAGGAAGGCGUUCAGUGCAACAUUUGCAAAGACCGUUUUGCAUGGCUCGGGAGUACAUCGAUGAUGCGUGAGCACAGGGCUCUCAAGUCUCACGCAUUCAGCGUAUGACACACGCAUUCCCACUCGUUCACACGCUCACACACCACACAUUGUAUUUCUCACACAUUUAAAUGAACACGGUGAUGUCCACCAAGUUGCACUUCUUCAACUUUGGAACUGGGGAAAUCAACUGAGUUCCUCCGAGAGUUCAGAAGCUGCGUGCCACGCACAAGCCAAUCAAAUAAAGUAUAUCUACUGAACAGCCAAUCAAAAAGCAGCAUUGCUGUAUCCGGGUAGAUUUUGAUAUCUUGCGGUUUAACUACAGAAGAAGACAGACACUCGCCGAAAUAGUUCAUUUAUUUCAUAAAUGCAACUCGCUACAGUUUUUUAUAUACUUUGUAUAAAGGUAAAAAAAAAAUAUAUAUGCAAUGUUAUCUUCAUUUCAGAUGUCAAAGAGGUUUUGUGGCUCCCUGUGUUUUCUUUUCUGUGGGAAACUGGUCCAAGUGGCUCUUUGAGUGUUUAAGGUUGCCGACCCCUACUCUAGAAGAAUCGUUUCCUCACCUGUUGCCAACCUCUCGUCUGUCAAAAGCAGAUCUUUGUCAUCAAAUGUUGUAUCUGACUCAAUGAUUUAAAAACCAUCAAACCCUUUUUGUGUGCAAGUUUUUCACUCGCACUGAUUCUCGUUUGAAUUCUGACAUUUAUACUUGAUUUGACUCCACCCCUUUUUGGCGAUGUCACUGUUUCAGAGGUCAUGCUUCUCUGCAAUGAACCCGUUCCAGAAACGCCUUAAACUUAGCCCAACUAAGCCCUGCCCACCUGCUGGUUCACUGCGUCCUCAGCUCCCCUCCCAGAAUGCUUUGCAGCAGCCACCUCCACCUUCUGCAGGGGGAGGAGCUAGAGAGAGGGAGGAGGAGGAAGGUUUCCUGUUUGUGGAGGAAGAUAUGACUGACUCCGGACUCAUCAUCACUAUGGGUAACACACACACACACACACACACACACACACACACACACACACAGUCAAAUAGACACACAUUCCUAAAAAACUACACAAACACUUGUCUGUGUCUCACUUGUCUCUCUGUGUCUCACCUGUCAGUCCGUGUCUCACCUGUCUGUCUGUGUCUCACCAGUCUCACCUGUCUCACCUGUCUGUCUGUGUCUCACCUGUCUGUCUGUGUCUCACCCGUCUUUCUGUGUCUCACCUGUCUGUCUGUGUCUAAACUGUCUCGCCUGUCUCAUCUGUCUUUCAACUGUCUCACCUGUCUCUCACUCGUCUCAUCUGUCUCUCACCUGUAGGCCUGUCGCGAUAAUCAAUAAAUCGCCUUAUCGCUCGAUAAAUAAAAACGAGGUCGAUAACUUUGCCAGCCUCGAUAAUUGACGUGCGUUUGUUUUCCUCCUCUCUCUCUACCAAACACACUGGAUGAGAGAAGAGGUCUCACUCUGCGCAUUGUUCUCGGCACCUGGGGGCGUUGGCUCUAUAGCGGAAUGAACGGAGUUAGUGAACCCUCCUGUCAGUCAUUCAGUGUCUUUGUCACGAGGGGGCGCGCGCACAGGCACACAGACAGACUUUUGGAUACAGUGCUGCAAGUGAGCGUCGUGAGUGAAAAGCAAGCAAACAGAAUGAACACGACAGCUUUGGUGUCUAAACCGAACGCAACAGCCCAAGUGUGGGAAUAUUUCGGCUUUUAACCAGUUUUGUUUUCGUCAACCACAAAACUCCACGUGUGUGUGUGCGCGCGUGCGUGUGUGUCUGUGUGUUGGAGGAGCACAGCAGGCUGAUGAGAGCUGUCAGAGCGGACUGAAGCUGCUCCUAUAUGUUUAGCGUUUAACUGACUGAGUUUUGCAACUCUGUUCGUCAUUUUCGUCUCGUCCCAUCAACGUAAACGCACUUUCGUCUCGUCACAUUUUAGUCAUCUCCGACUUAAGUUUAGCUCGUCAACGUUACGUCUUCGUCGUGGAAGAAAAGGGAAAUAUUUUAGUCAACGAAAACAACCAGUGUUGUUCUCGUGUGGAAAUUAAAGUUUAUCACUUUUGACACGGUGUACUCGCAUUAUUAUGCCAUAUAAUAUCAUUAUCUAUAAUUUAAAAAACGGUGUCAAUAAUAUCGUUUAUCGGCGAUAAUUUGUAGCACAAUUAUCGUCCAGCAAAAUUUGUUAUCGUGACAGGCCUACUCACCUGUCUCUCUGUGUCUCACCUGUCUGUCUGUCUCACCUGUCUCUCUUUGUCUCACCUGUCUGUCUGUCUCACCUGUCUCUCUUUGUCUCACCUGUCUGUCUGUCUCACCUGUCUCUCUGUGUCUCACCUGUCUGUCUGUCUCACCUGUCUCUCUGUGUCUCACCUGUCUGUCUGUUUCACCUGUCUCACCUGUCUCUCUGUGUCUCACCUGUCUCUUUGUGUCACACCUGCCUGUCUGUGUCUCACCUGUCUGUCUGUGUCUCACCUGUCUGUCUGUCUCACCUGUCUCUUUGUGUCACACCUGUCUCUCUUUGUCUCACCUGUCUCUCUGUGUCUCACCUGUCUGUCUGUCUCACCUGUCUCUCUUUGUCUCACCUGUCUCUCUGUGUCUCACCUGUCUCUUUGUGUCACACCUGUCUCUCUUUGUCUCACCUGUCUGUCUGUCUCACCUGUCUCUCUUUGUCUCACCUGUCUCUCUGUGUCUCACCUGUCUGUCUGUCUCACCUGUCUCUCUUUGUCUCACCUGUCUCUUUGUGUCACACCUGUCUCUCUUUGUCUCACCUGUCUGUCUGUCUCACCUGUCUCUCUGUGUCUCACCUGUCUGUCUGUGUCUCACCUGUCUGUCUGUCUCACCUGUCUCUCUGUGUCUCACCUGUCUGUCUGUUUCACCUGUCUCACCUGUCUCUCUGUGUCUCACCUGUCUUUCUGUGUCUCACCUGUCUGUCUGUUUCACCUGUCUUUUUGUGUCUCACCUGUCUCUCUGUGUCUCACCUGUCUCUCUAUGUCUCACCUGUCUCUCUGUGUCACACCUGUCUUUCUGUGUCUCACCUGUCUGUCUGUGUCUCACCUGUCUGUCUGUCUCACCUGUCUCUCUUUGUCUCACCUGUCUCUUUGUGUCACACCUGUCUCUUUGUGUCACACCUGUCUCUCUGUGUCUCACCUGUCUGUCUGUUUCACCUGUCUCACCUGUCUCUCUGUGUCUCACCUGUCUUUCUGUGUCUCACCUGUCCAUCUGUGUCUCAGAGGACAUUCAGUCGGGGUCGAAGACGGCUAAGAGACGGUCGGGAAGGAAGAGGAAACGGAAACUGUCAGAGGACAAUGUUAGAGUGGGCGGAGCCUCGGAGAGUGAGGAGGAAGAGGAGCCAGAGUCUACAGUGGAUUUGGAGAUUGGCAGACAGCUGGACCAAUCACUGGAGACCAAGUCCAAACAACACAAUCUGACCACUGUCAACGUCAGAAACAUCAUCCACGUGAGUCCAGACCUUUCACACUUUCAUUCCUUUUGUUUGCUUCUGCCUCUGACCCUUAUGUUUGACCUUUAACCUUUAGGAAGUGAUCACCAAUGAGCACGUGGUCGCCAUGAUGAAAGCUGCGAUCAAUGAAACCGAGGCCAUCCCUCCAUUUGUAAGUGUCGACCAGUCAGAGCUCAGAAUGAAACCUUAUUUACCUGCAACUGACACAUCAGAUCAUACUGGUUAAUCUGGUUAAUCUGGUUAAUCUGGUUAAUCUGGUUAUUCUGGUUAUUCUGGUUCAUGUCAUUAAUACUAUCAUGGAUCUCUCUGAUAAUUUCUUUAAUCCUGUUUUUUCUUUCUUCAGGAGCCGAAAAUGACUCGAUCCAAAUUUAAAGAAGUGGUCGAGAAAGGAGUGGUGAGAGACUGUCUGUCUGUCUGUCUCCCUCUCUUUCUCUCUCUCUCUCUCUCUGUCCCUCUCUGUCUCACUUGUCCUCUCUCUCUCUCUCUCUCUCUCUCUCCCUCUCUCUCUCUCUCUCUCUCUCUCUCUCUGUCCCUCUCUGUCUCACUUGUCCUCUCUCUCUCUCUCUCUCUCUCUCUCCCUCUCUCUCUCUCUCUCUCUCUCUCUCUCUGUCCCUCUCUGUCUCACUUGUCCUCUCUCUCUCUCUCUCUCUCUCUCUCCCUCUCUCCUUUUAGAAUUUAUUUCUCUUUUCUUUUGGUGAGGUUGGUAAGUACUCGGCUUCACUCACUUCUGCUGAGUGACGCUGCCACUCGUCUUUAAAUUAUAAUUGUGGAAUGAUGAUUGCAGUAUUCUACGAUUUCAUCAUUGCGACCGUUUACUAUCGCAUAUCGCAAUUAAAUUGUAUAUCGGCACAUCCCCACUCUCAAAGAGACAUGCAGAUGUUCAUGGAGGGUCCUCUAUGGGAUCAUCACAGUGAACUCUUUCAUAUCAAACAUCAACCCGGCAGUAGAGGACAUGUGUCCCCACUGCCCCAACAGAGAGACUUUUUUUCACUGUUUUUAUGAAUGUCUUCGUCUUUUACCUUUGUUUCUGUUUUUACAAACUGUUUUUACCAAGUGUGGAGAGGUUUUUAACAAGCGGGUUUUUAUUCUGGGUUUUAAAUACACACGCCAACAAAAAAACAAGUGCCAGCUUUUAAACUUUGUUUUAGGGCAGGCCAAGAUGGCAGUGUAUUUUAGCUGCAGGAGGAAGGUGGAGGAUGGUUUUAUUGUUGAUCCGGUCACUGUCUGUAAAAAUAUGAUGAAGUCCAGACUCCUCAUCGAUUUUAAUUUCCACAAGGCAGGAGGAGAUCUGGACUCAUUCCAACAGGUUUGGGGUUUUAGUCAGGUGUUGUGCUCUGUAGCAGGAAAUAUUUUACAGUUUCAAGAUGUGCUCAUGUGAAUAUUUAUAUAUUUAUCUUUUUUUGAGUAUGUGUGAUUGCUUUUUUGAGUUGACCUCUUUUUUACAAACGAGCAACAAAUAAAGUAAAAUUCUCUCCCUGUCUCACCUCUCUCUCUCUCUCUCUCUGUAUGUCUUACCUGUCCUCUCUCUCUUUCUCUGUCUCUCCCUGUCUCACCUGUCCUCUCUCUCUCUCUCUCUGUAUGUCUUACCUGUCCUCUCUCUCUUUCUCUGUCUCUCUCUGUCUCACCUGUCCCCUCUCUCUCUCUCUCUCACACACACACACACACACACACACUUUCUCUCUCCCUGUCUCACCUGUCUCUCCUUCUCUCUCACUUUUUCUCUCUCCCUGUCUCACCUCUCUCUCUCUCUCUCUCUCUCUCUCUCUCUCUCUCUCUCUCAGGUGAUUCCAGCCUGGAAUAUUUCUCCCAUUAAGAAGAGCAGUGAUGUCAUUAAGGUGAGAAUUUUUACCAGUCCACUUUGUUUAUAUCUUACAUACGUGAACCUAACCUGUGUGACCCUGAGUGAACCUGUGUGACCUUGUGUGACCCUGUGCGUCCCUGUGUGACCCUGAACGCCUCACCCUCACCUUAAGGCUCCUCAGUUCGUGGACAUCCCUCUGGCUGAGGAAGACUCCUCCGAUGAAGAGUACCGCCCUGAUGAAGACGAGGAGGACGAGACGGCCGAAGACGUGAGACUCUGCUCUGAUUGGCUGCUGCUCAGGUCUUUAUUAAUCAUUGAUAAAUAAACAAUGUGUGUUUGUGCGUGCACGUGUGUGUUUUUGCCUGUGUGUAGACGUUCCAGGAGAGCGACAUUGAGAGCACGGCGUCCUCCCCCCGUGGGAGCCGUCUGAGUCGCGGGGAGGAGGACAGCUGCAGCCCAUGGCAGGUAAGAUCGGUCACCAUGGUAACAGAUCACAGGUGGAUGAUGACAGCAGGUGUCUGCUGGAACCUGCUCACCUGGUUAGCUGGUUACUGGUUAGUUUGUUUGUUGACUGGUAAGGUCAGAGGUUAAUUGAGAAUCUGCUGGUCAAUUAAUUAGUUAGUAAAUUGAUUAGUAGGUAAAUUAAUUCGUUAGUUACUGAUUGGUUGGUUUGGUUAGUUACUGAUUGGUUGGUUUGGUUAGUUACUGAUUGGUUGGUUUGGUUAGUUACUGAUUGGUUGGUUUGGUUAGUUACUGAUUGGUUGGUUUGGUUAGUUACUGAUUGGUUGGUUUGGUUAGUUACUGAUUGGUUGGUUUGGUUAGUGAUCAGCUGAUUUGCACAGUGUUAGUCUGACCUUGGUUGUUAAAUGGUUAAUUUGUUAAUGAUGGUUAGUCGGUCGGUCACUGAUGGUUGUCGCUAAACCGUAUGCCAAUCUUUUGCCCCCCUGCCUCCUCAGACCUCUCGCACCAGAUCCCGGCGUUUGAGGGCAGCGUCUGUCUCUAUGGGACCUCCCCCUCCUCCCAAAGCCCUGCCUCAGAAAGCUGGGACUGACAGCAGCUUCCUGGAAGAGCUUCAUGCUGUGGAGGAGGAGCUGGCGGUGUGUAUGGAGCCGUACCAGGUAAGACAGCCUGAAGGACAGGUAACCAUGAGCUGGUGUGAUUAUUGAUAAUCAAUCAAAAAUGUUAAUAACUGAUCACUGAUCACCUGUGAGGUCAGCCUCUGUCUGAGUCCGAGGGGGAGGUCGGUCUGAUGGCGUACCGGACUCGUUCCAAACGUCCCCUACGAGACGUCCCACUAGGCCAGCUGGAGGCGGAGCUAAGAGCUCCUGACAUCACUCCUGACAUGUACGACUCUAGCUCUGCCCAUGAGGACAGGGAGUGGACGGAUUGGCUGAGAGGCCUGAUGACCCCAGACAUAGACAAUGAAGGUGUGUGUGUGUGUGUGUGUGUGUGUGGGACCCAGUCUGGUCUCUGAUCGGUUCUUAAAGAGGUGUGACAAAGCCCAGGGAAGGAGGUCCCCACAUCGGACACACUGACUCAGACUAACGUCCCGGAAAUUUAGGAACAGAUGGCACAUCUGAGGACUCAGACACCUGUCAGUUAAAGAGGCCACGCCCCCAAGUGUUCAUUGCUUUAAUCUGAUAUCUAAUGAAAACAGUUGAGUCCUUAAACAUGGGGCUUUAUGGGGACUGACUCACUCUAUGAAAACAGCCCCUGGUGGACACUCAGAGUACUGCAGUUUUUGGAACUUUUUCUUUUCCCACCAAACAGAGCUUAAAAAAAAUCCCAGGGCAGAGAUUUUGAAGUUGAAUAUUUUGUGUUUUGUCUGAGUUUAAUUAUUCUUAAUGUUAGUUUAAUUAUCAUUAUUGUUAGUUUGAUUAAAUGUGUCUUUCUCCAAUAUAACAAUAUGUUAUAGAUGUAGACAUAGAAGUACAAAGAUUGGCCCAGACAGUAAUCAUGCUGUAAAGUUUAACAUGGGAGUCUACUGACUGACUCACUGCAGGACACAGCCUCUAGUGGACACUUCAGGAACUACAGGGAUGUUUUAAACCUUCAUAAUUAGACAUCAGAGGUUACUGCUUGGAUUUAACCCCCCCUCCUCUCCCCCCCCCCCCCCCCCAGAGGAGUGUGAUGAUGAAGAUGACCCAGAGUAUAACUUCCUCGCUGACAUUGAUGAACCUGACCUGGAGGAUUACCGUGACGACAAGGCUGUCCGCAUCACCAGUCAGUAAAAACACACGCUCUUUCAGUCCGGCCCCCCAUUGUGGGAGGGGUCAGACGAGGCGUUCAUAAUAACAGUCAUAACAGUGUGAGGCUGACAGACGCUCUCUGACUGACCAAUCACAAACUAGUGACUGACCCUAACAGUCAGUCAGUUUCCUGUCCUGUGAUGUCAUUUAUAGUUUGAUCUGAAGGUCAAAGGUUAUAAUGAUCAAUAAUGAACACUCUUUGUUUUCAGAGAAGGAGGUGAACGAGCUGAUGGAAGAGCUGUUUGAAACUGUGAGUGUCUACACACACACACACACACACACACAAGUGAUCAGACUGAUGUUCAUCUGCUGCAGCCUCAUAGUGUCUCUGCUGUGCAGCUUAAAGAAGACCUCACUGGACAGGAAGUAGAGGAGGAAGAGGAGGAGCCUCAGGAAGAGUCACACACUGCUGAGACCUACACAUCUGAUGAGCAGAACCACAGGUGUGUAACACACAAACACACACACACACGCACACACAGUCUCACAGGUGUGAUUCCUCUGACUGCGCUGCUCCUCACAGCCAGGCAGUUAAGGAUGAGCAGGACGACCGACCAAUCACAGAGCUACGUACGGUGAAGCAACAGCUGGAGCUAAUCAGGAAGAGACAGAAGCUCGGUUUGCAAGACCCAAACAGUCACGAACCCAGAACCCUGAGACUGGAUCAACAUCAGAGGAGCAGACUGAGGCAGCAACUACAGCAGGUAACAACAGUCUGUGACAGUCUAGAGAACUCUAGGUCCAUAACAGUCUGAAUAUAUACAGUAUGUAAUAAUAAUAAUAAUAAUAAUAAUAAUAAUGAUAAUAAUGAUGAUAAUAAUAAAAAUAAUAGUAAUGAUGAUGAUUAUCAUAAUGAUAGUAAUAACAAUAGAAAUAUAAUAAUAAUAAUAAUAGAAGAAGUUAUAAUAAUAAUAAUAAUAUCUCAGGUCCCUGUCUCUGUAUAAAAGUCUCAUUAAAGGUCUGAAUUUUUCUUUCAGCACAUUCAGCUUCUCACUCAGGUCCACCUGCUGAGCUCACCUGUAGCCAAACUGCAGAGUGAGGCUGAGACCACCAGACAGUUCCUGGUAACUGACACACUGACACACACACACUGGCCCUUAUGUAUCAAGCUUGCAUACGGCAGAAAAGUUUCAUACGCCUUACGUACGUGAGUUGCGACGUGAGGAUCGGCAUUUAUCAAUCUGCACGUGAGCGUACGCUACGACCAUAUCUCACAACACGUCUGACAUUGUGUACACAAGUUUGAGUCAGUGUGGAUCUGCGGUGCAGCAAAUGUCUGUCUUAAAAUAAUUGAUAUACAAACCUCAAACCUGUCAUUAAGCACAAUCAGCCAGAUUUCAUAAAGAUUAAGACGUAAAUACAUUAAAAUAAAAUAAAUUUGGUAUGUCCUUAGUAUUUUGUAUUUGUAUUUGUUUAUUUAGCACAAAUUAAAAACAGUGCAGGGAGGGAACGAAGCCUAUAGGCUUAUACAAAGUUCCACUCCCGUCAGGACAGAGAAAGCAUAAGGUUCAGACAACUAAGUAACAUAGACAGGUUACACAUGUACAAUGAUUAGGGAAAGGUCAAACAGAUACAAAUUGCCAUAAAUGGAACACAGACAAAUCAGCAAACAUUGAUAAAGACAAUAAAGUAUUCAUAAAAAGGAAAGAAACAUGGUCAUAACAAAUAAUGAUGUAUUUAGUGAAUAGGUCUAUUUGAUAACUCUGCCCAGAAACACUGCCACAGAGCAGUGCCACAUUGUGCACACGCGCCACUGUGGAGCGCUGCGUUUGACUCCUAAAAGGCAGGUGUCUCUGUCUUGGCCCAGCAGUGGGGACGUUGUUGUUCACUCCUGAAAGGGUGUGGGACAUUAUUUGGGCCAGUACAGUUUUGCACAAUGUUGCACUGGCGAAUGGAGUGCCGUUGGCUGUGCCGGUGCAACGCGAGGACCCGAUGCCCAAAGAACAAUAACGAGGAGAGACUCCAAAGUAAAGUAUAAGUUUAGAGAGUGCUCUUGCUAUUUAAUCAGUGAUAAAAAUCUAAUAAAAAAUCCAUAAAAAUGUGCCUCAGGGGCAGCAACACACAGUUUGGUGAUGUUAUUAAUUAUUUUUGUUCCGCCUCUGUCAGACUCUCCAGUCUGCUCUACAUUACAAAGACGCUACAAAUUAAAACUAAAUACUUUCAAUAAUAGGAGCAACGUACCCUAUGUCAUGGCAAUAAAAAAUAUGAGGCAUGUAUGAGAUAUUAAUUUAUCAUCACGAGCAACUUACUGACUGAUUUAUUCAAACUUCAGGCACUGUCCACUAUUUUCUGGAGUUUUCUGGACUGCUUUAUACCAGUUUUGAUGCUUUCAAAGAGAAAAUCCUUGUUAGUUUCCACCACAGAUGUGAGGAUAUCCACUUUCAGCUCGGAAAAGUUUCAAAUCUUUCUAAUAUUUCUCCUCUUCCAUGUUUGACCUCAGUGGGCGAGGCUUCUGAACCACAAAUGUUUAAGGGCGUGACCAGUGGCGGUUCUAGACCAAAUUACUCCCCGGGCGAGCACCCCCCCCCCCCCCAAUAUCUAGUAUUAUUAUGAUUAGAAGAACAAAAAUAAAAUAUUUUUCAAUUGCAGAAAUCCUUCAAUAGAAAAAAACACAAUCCUGAGGGCCAUUUUCAGAAGGGCCCCCAGAUCCUGAGGUUUUCUGACGUGUUAAGGUUUACAAAAAAGCUGCUAUCUCUGCCUCUGUAGUAGAUAGAAACAAAAUUCAAAAAGUAUUUGAGAGCUUAUACAUGUGGCUUUCAAGAAAGCUCUCUUUUAGUUUUGUGAACCUUCAUCACAUUUUUGAAAACCUUGAACAAACAAACUCAAAUGAAAUAAAGCGGCUGUAUAAAUAAAAGUAAAGGCUCUGCACUGGAGAAUAACAAACUAUUUGCUUUCUGUAAAACAAGUGGCAGUCAUGAUAAAGUGUCCAUUCAAUACAAAUGUAAAUAUAGAAAAUAAGGUGUUGAAAGGGUAAACAGCUGCCCCAGUAUAGUGCCAGUACAAAAGCAGAACUAAAAACUAAAAAAAUGAAUAAAUAAAUACGAGGCUGACAGUGUGUUCAUCUCUGUUCUCACCCAAAGUCAUGCAACACUCACAGAAAACGCUGAUAGUGUGAGCCAAAGAACUCCAUAUGAAGAGGUUGUUCACACUGCUGGAUGUUUCUCCUCUGAAGCUGCUCUCUGGCUCCAUCAUUGUUUACUUUACUCAUGAAGCACGUAGCAAGAUCCGAGCAUGAACCCGAGCGCUUUAUUCGCCUAUCAAAGGCAGACGGGUACGGUAAUUUGAUUCACCGCGACUCCAGAAAUGAUUAAAAAACUACAGAAUGUUACAAAAUGACGUCUCCGCGCUCCCGCUGAUAUGCUGACAUGCGUACACAGAGGAGAGCUGUCCCCCCGCGACUCUCUCCCCCCCUCGUCUCACACUGUCUGUCACAUAGACAUAAUAAAAGGGUGCUGCGCAGCGAGAAAUGCGGCCGCCAUCUUGGUCAGGUCAAGCUUCCCAUACGCUCCGGUCAAUCAUAUUCAUUCAUUCAUUCAUUCAGCGAUGCCGGAGCACUGUGCGGCGUAUUCCUGUGCCAACAGGCGGACAGCAGAGAACAGGGCUCAAGAAAUAACUUUUCACAGUUAUGAUUACACGUUUUUUAAAUGUUACACUUGACUGUAGAGUCAUUUGUAGGCCAAAGAGGAAGACUAUCGGUCAACUCCAAAAAGGAAACAGCAUUUGCGAACAGCUAGCUUAUUCACAAUAAUAGCAACUUUGGUCGAUUAUCAACAGAUUUGCAUUAGAUUGAAAAACUUUUGUUUGAGAGAGGUUCUAAGAAACGUUAAGAAAUAAAAUAGAAAGAAGAAGGAAGAAAGUGAGCUCUGUUUUAUUAUCUGUUUUAUUAAAGAUUUCUUUGUGGUGAUCUCCUGUUUCAUUUUGAAGAUUUCCUAAGGACAAAAACUUGAGGAAGAAGUGGGAGAUUGCUGUUAGAGGGAGAAAUUCGCAGCAAGUGAUUCCUCUGUGCUGUGUAGCCAACAAGCAAAUUGAUAUGUAGUUAAGAUGCUGUCCUGUCAUGCUGUUCUUGUGUUUAAAUCUUUUUGAUAUGUAGGCUAUAUAUUUGUGUGUAUUUUCCAGUUAUUAAAAUAGUGCUUCUAUAUGACAUUAUUUGUGUGUGUCUACAAAUGGAUAAAUAAAAUUAAACUAAAUAAAAUAUAAUCAAAUCAAUAUAUAUUGAAUUGGCCUAUUAAAACCGCCAGUUAUUAAUAAUUAUUGAGACAUAGCAGGAACCUAGCUCUAAACCUAAAUAUAUCCUUGAUUAAUUGUUAUACUGUAAUACAGCCACUGCUGCCAUGUUCUAAAAUAUCAUUUUAUUCAUUCUGAGUAUUUGAAUUUACUGAAAAAGUACGUAGUAUUGAGCGAACUAUGAUUCAUUUAAUGCGCUCAGACUUCAUUCCGCCGGUUAAACAGCGGUGCAGAGUGAGGCGGAUGACCGGACCAAGAUGGCGGCCGCAUUUCUCGACAGCGCCCAUUCAUGGUAGCGGCCGAUGCGGGGUCUAUCUUUUAUUAUGUCUAUGGUCUGUCAGCCUCUGUGCAGCACCUUCGGAGCAAGCAGGGGCGCUUACAGCAGCGGGGGGCGCCAAUUUGACAACAAGAGUUAAUACAAAACCGCUUUGCGGUUAAGAUUUAUUAUUAUUAUCUUUUAUUUUAUUUUUUUGGAAGUGCUCGUGCCGCCCCCCAUGAGUCAUGACACAAAUGCCGCCCCGGGCGGCUGCCCUGUUCGCCCGUGCCAAGAACCGCUACUGGGCGUGACAUGUUAAUGACGAUCGAUUUCAAGCGCUGCAUUUAUCAAGACCCCAUCAUACGUACGCUGGGAUAGGUCAGAUAUGAACCCUUUCAUAAAUCUCACGUGUCCCAUCGUACAAUGAAUCCUGCGCUCAGUUUGCAUUCAGUUCUAUGCAAGAUUGAUAAAUGAGGGACACUGUUCCUGUAUGUGUGCCUAAUAAAAAAUAUGAACAAAAGAAUGAAGAGACACAUUUGUGAUUGGAGGCCCCCCCGUCUGCCCCCCCCCCAGUGUGAGUUGGACCUGCUGGCUCAGAGGGCGGAGCUCGUCUCACCCUCGGCUUGUCCGUCCUUCAGAAGUGUCUUCAGAGCUCCUAACCUGCAGGGGGCGCUGCAGCUGCUGGAGGAGCUGACACAGCUGCCCAUCAACUACCACCUACAGUCCCGCCCACCUGACGCCCGCGGACACAGUGAGUCAAAACGCCACAGAGUCAGACUUACAGUUUUAUUUUGACAUGAACUUCCUGUUUUCUUCAGAGAGGUCACAUGAUGUUGUCAUGUGAUCUGUCAGCUGUUUCAUGUGAAAACACACUGAGCUCUUUGACAGAACUGUUAAAUCAGAACUAUAAGAACUGUUACAGUCUCUGAGUUUAGCCCGUGUGUGUGUGUGUGUGUGUGUGUGUGUGUGUGUGUGUGUGUGUGUGUGUGUGUUUGCAGUGCGUGGUUUCCCUGUUAUGCCCGCAGAGCUCGCCUGGCUCUUUGCCACUCGCCCCGUCUUUCUCUACCCGGAGCUGCUGCCCUGUGCCAGUCUGGACCCUGCUCUGUACUGUCCCCGCAGGACGGCCGCCUUUACUGCAGCGGAGGACUGGUACACACACACUAACACCAGACACACACACACACACACACACACAGAAAAUACACUCACACACACAGAAAACACACACUAACACAAAUUCACACACACACACACACACAGACUGACUAAAACAAACUAACACACACUAACACAAACUAACACACACACUCUAACACACACACAGAAAACACACACACAAGCUAACACACACACACUUACACACACACUAACACAGACACACACACAAACUAACACACACACAAACAAACACACACAUUCACAGACACAAAUUUUAACAACCCAACCCCACUUACUGUGAAGGUGUGUGUGUACGUGUUUUCGAUGUGUAUGUGUGUGUAUUUUCUGUGUGUGUGUGUGUGUGUGUGUGUGUGUGUGUGUGUGUGUGUGUGUGUGUGUGUCCUCAGCCUGCUGGUCCUGGGUCUCAGGAACAUGGAGGGGUCAAGUGACCCCACUAAGCUAGUGUCCCAGUUCCUGCUGAGGAAGACUCUGGUCCAGGUGCGAAGAAGGAUCAUGCAGUGCUGCAGACCCGGUUGCCCCGACAACGUCAUCAAGGUGGGACUCCAUGAGUCUGGUCUGGUCUGGUCUGUUCUAAUCUGUCCCGGUUCUGACCCGUUCUGAACUGGCCUCUUCUCUCUCAGGCUUUCAGGUACCAGAGGGUGGUGUGGCCCAUGCUGGUGGUGUGUCGGCCUUUAGGAGCAGAGCAGCGCCCCCCUGUUGAAAGAGAGGAGAGUGCGCUUCCUCUGUGGCUGCAGGUGAGACAGUAGAAUUAGAAUCACUUCCUGGCUCUUUCACAGUAAAAACCUCAGUCUAAAUCACAGCGUUUUAAAUAAAAUAAUAAUAUUAAUAAUUAAUACAAUAUUAAUAAUUAAGAUAAUACAGACAAUAAUAAUAUAAAAAUAAAUGAAAUUGUUAUAUUAUUGAUAAAUACAAUAUUAAAAAAAUAAAUAAUAACAGACAAUGAUACUUAAAAUAAUAGACAAUAAUAAUAUAAAAAUACAGAUAAUAAUAAUAUAAAUAAUAAAGACCAUUAUAAUAUUAAUAAUACUGAUAGUGAAGACACUAAUAUAUAAAAUAAUAAUAAAGACAAUAAUAAUUUAAAUAAUAAAUAAAAUAAUAAUAAUAAUAAUUAAUACAAUAUUAAUAAUAAAGAAAAUAAAGACAAUAAUGUCGUCAGAUACAAACCCUUUCAUGAAUCCCAUGUGUGUCCUAUUGUACGAUGAAUCCUGUGCUCAGAUCUGCACUCAGUUUUACGCAGGAUUGAUAAAUAAGGGAGACUGUUACUUAGUGGUGCAACGGAUCACAAAACUCACGGAUCGGAUCGUUCCUCGGAUCAAGAGUCACGGAUCGGAUCAUUUUUCGGAUCAGCAAAAAGAAAAAAAAACAAGACAAAUAAAAUAUAUAAAAGUAGUGCACAGGGCAUAAUAUCUUCUUUUUAACAUAUUAUUAAUGAAAAACAACUUAAAGUACAAUAUACAGGCAUAUCUCCCUCCUUUAAAAUGUAACAAUGAACCAAAAAUGAAGUGUGUGCGCGAUGGGAUGUCGUAACGUGGCUCAAGCACUUUCAGCAUGUUUUUAAAGCCCUCGUUUUGCACAACUGAAUACGGCCUCAUGUCUGCAGCUAUAAACACACCGAUAGAGUUUGUGAAAGCUUUAGCCUGGUCGGAUUGCGCAGGAAGAGGCUGCUUAAAUGCUGCGGUGAUGAGCGGUUGUUGGGCAGCUUUCGUUUUAUGUUAGGUGUUAUGCCAAAGAAUGCACCCCUGCCGUAUAGUGCACCCCCUAACGGGAGCGCGGUUGAAAGUACACAACAAGGCGAAAUAAUACAAGUUUUCCUUACGUUGGGUGUAUUCAACAGCGUUUGCCUUUAAUAAUUUCAUUCAUGCUAUCCAUAUUAAAUAUGAGAUCAUUAUCUCCACUUUAAGAAGCUAACGGGUGGAGGGGAUGCAGGGGGUGCGUUCUACGGCAGGGGUGCAAUCUACGGCACAACACCUGUCAGUAAAACACCCGGGUGAUGUCGCUUCAAAUGCGUGAACAUGCUCGAUGUGUUUCCACUGUCAUAUGGCUUUCUUAUGCCACAGUGCCUACACUCCGUCGCAGUUUUGUCCACUGACCUCUUUCCUUCUUCAUCAUAAUUGACAGGGAGGCCAAAAUGCUCCCAUACAGGGGAUUUAAGUGUCGCGGGGCGUUCGAGCUCCUCCUUUCUCCGCUUUCAGAAAUCGAUCCGCGGAUCACAUGUGUGCCGAACCGAAUACGUCGAUCCGAACGGAUCACGGAUCAAUGAUGAUCCGUUGCACCACGACUGUUACUGUAUGUGUGCCUAAAUAAAAACAUGAACAUAAGAAUGAAGAGACACAUUUGUGAUUGGAGGACCCCCCCCCCCCCCCUCCCCCCAGAGGAGUCUGCCUGUCAUCUAUCCAACAGUCAAACUCUAUAACAGCCCGUCUUGGUCGGAUCCAGAUGCCCUGCCCCCCUGCAGGCCAGGUGGGCCCCGCCACAGUCACCUGACUUUCCUACGCCCCGCCUCCCUUACCUACAGCUAUGCCCCAGGAACGAGGUAUCCCCCCCGCCUUCCCAAAAACUUGGACUUUAGACGCAUUGGCUUCCUGCAGCUCAAUCAGCCCCUCCCCCCUACUCCCUCUGACUCCUCCCCCUGCUCCCUUUUGGCUGAUGGACAGGUAUACUCCCCCAGUCCUCCCCCUCAGGUCAUUGACCCUAACCUGACCAGAGAGCGAAUCAGACGCCACUAUCAGACCCUCACCAGCCUCAGAAGAAGGGGGUUGAGCUCUGAGGAGGCUGCUGGAUCUUUCAGCCCUAAGGACCAUGCCCCCUUUAAGGAGGAGGAGCAGGAGGGCGGUGGUGUAAUGAGGACAAACGAGGAGGAGGAGGAGGAGGAGGAGGAGGAGAGCGAGGUCAUUCUGGCUCUGUCUGAAUCCUCGCCAAGCUCAACAGGAAGCAUCGCCCCCUCAGAAGACAAGCUGGGUGACCUAGAGGGGGCGGAGUCAGAAAAGCAUGCGACACUAGUGCCAUCCAAAACCACAGAAGAAGACGAGAAGGAGACAGGAAGUUCAGAGGAGCAGGUGAGUCCUCCAGUGAACAAAAACAAACAAAAAAGGUCAAUAACAAACAACAAGAAACAAACAACACAUUGAACAGCUGUGUGUGUGUGUGUGUGUGUGUAGGUAUACCUGCAGUCUGAGGACGGCUGUAUGGAGGUUUUUGCUCAGGAUUUUCUGCUCAGAGUGAGACCUCUCUUCAUUCAUACACUCCCUUACCUCCUGCUGCAUUAGUCCUUUUAUAUAUGCAUGUAUGUUGAUGUGAACUGUCACUUCCUGUCACCUCUCAGGUGUGUGAUGCUGUGCAGGUGUGUCCUGAUGUCGCUGAAGACCUGCUGCAGGUUCUGGAUCAGUUCACAGCUGCAGGGCCCUCAAGGGCCUCAGGAGCCCUGGAGAGUCUUAGCCGAAUUCUGUGGCCCUGGCCUCAGCUGCUUCGAGACUUUGCCGCAUUCCUGAGUCCAGAACAGGCCCGGCGCUGCGGUCUGGUUAGUGACAUCACUCUGACAUCAUGACAGAGAUUUCGACUCUCUAAGAGCCGACACCUGAGAUGGUCCAAUCAGAGCGAUUCUGCUCCAUCUUCAGCUACAGAAUCAGGAUUUACCACAGAGAGAAAAAGCUUUAACAGAGAGAAACCUCGAACAGAACCAGAUCUUUAUUAGGGAAAAAACCUCAGGCAGAACCAGAAGCCUCGAACAGAACCAGAACUUAAACAGGCAGAAACCUCGAACAGAACCAGAUCUUUAUAAGGGAAAAACUUCAGGCAGAACCAGAACUUAAACAGGAAAAAACAUUUAACAGAACCAGAACAUUAACAGGCAGAAACCUCGAACAGAACCAGAACUUUAACAGGCAGAAACCUCAAGCAGAACCAGAACUUUAACAGACAGAAACCCGGAACAGAACCAGAUCAUUAUUAGGGAAAAACUAUCAGGCAGAACAAAAACUUAAACAGGCAGAAACCUCGAACAGAACCAGAACUUUAACAGGCAGAAACCUCAAAUAGAACAAAAACUUUAACAGGCAGAAACCUCGAGCAGAACCAGAACUUUAACUAGCAGAAACCUUGAACAGAACCAGAACCUAAACAGGAAGAAACCUUUAACAGAACCAAAACUUUAACAGGCAGAAGCCUCGAACAGAACCAGAAUUUUAACAGGCAGAAGCCUGGAACAGAACCAGAUCUUUAUAAGGGAAAAAACCUUAAGCAGAACCAGAACAUUAACAGGCAGAAACAUUUAACAGAACCAGAACAUUAACAGGCAGAAACCUCGAACAGAACCAGAACUUUAACAGGCAGAAACCUCAAGCAGAACCAGAACUUUAACAGACAGAAACCCGGAACAGAACCAGAUCAUUAUUAGGGAAAAACUAUCAGGCAGAACAAAAACUUAAACAGGCAGAAACCUCGAACAGAACCAGAACUUUAACAGGCAGAAACCUUGAACCGAACCAAAACUAUUACAGGCAAAAACCUUGAACAGAACCAGAACGUCAACAGGCAGAAACCUUAAGCAGAACCAGAACUUUAACAGGCGGAAACCUUGAACAGAACCAGAACUUCAACAGGCAGGAACCUCGAGCAGAACCAGAACUUAAACAGGCAGAACCCUUGAGCAGAACCAGAACAUAAACAGGCAGAAACCUUGAGCAGAACUAGAACUUUCACAGGCAGAAACCUUGAACAGAUGCAGAACGUCAACAGGCAGAAAUCUUAAGCAGAACCAGAACUUUAACAGGCGGAAACCUCGAACAGAACCAGAACUUAAACAGGCUGAAACCUUGAGCAGAACCAGUACUUAAACAGGCAGAAACCUCGAGCAGAACCAGAUAACAGGCAGAAACCUUGUGUAGAACCAGAACUUUAACACGCAGAAACCUUGAACAAAACCAGAAUUUUUACAAGCAGAAACCUUGUGUAGAACCAGAACUUUAACAGGCAGAAACCUUUAACAAAACCCGAAUUUUUACAAUCAGAAUCCAAGAGCAGAACCAGAACUUUAACAGGCAGAAACCUUGAGCUGAACCAGAAUUUUAACAGGCAGAAACCUCAAACAGAACCAGAACUUUAACAGGCAAAAACCUAGAACCGAACCAGAACUUUGACAGGCAUAAACCUUGAGCAGAACCAGAACUUUAACAGGCAGAACCCUUGAACAGAACAAGAACUUUAACAGGCAGAAACUUCGAGCAGAACUGGAACUUUAACAAGCAGAAACCUCACGUAGAACCAGAACUUAAACAGGCAGAAACUUCGAGCAGAACCAGAUAACAGGUAGAAACCUUGUGUAGAACUAGAACUUUAACAGGCAGAAACCUUGAGCAGAACCAGAACUUUAACAGGCAAAAAACUUGAGCAGAACCAGAAUUUUAACAGGCAGAAACCUCAAGCAGAACCAGAACAUAAACAGGCAGAAACCUUAAGCAGAACCAGACUGAUGAUAGACAGAGAAAUUGGGCUGGGUUUGGAAAGGGGAGAGAGUGGGACACCAACAACAAUGAUUACAAUGACAACAACUACAGCCACGACAAUUUAUUGAGAGUUAAUGAGAUGAGAAAGAUCUCUCUCUCUUUUUCUCAGUCGUCUCCGUACCAUUAGAAAUUGUAUCUCUUCCUCUCUCUCCAUCUCUCUGUCUCUGUCUCUUCUUCUUUUUCUCUCUCUCUCCCUCCCCACUUGACUCUCUCUCUCUCUUUCCCUCUCUCUGUGUCUGGCUCUGGUGGAGUGAUCUGAUUGGUCCCUCCUCUGAAUAGAAUAGAAUAGAAUAGACUUUAUUUGUCAUUGCACAAAGCAACAAAAUUUCGUUGUACCAUCCUGAAUGCAAAAAACAAAAACAAGUACAACAAUGCAUACAUAUGACAGCAUUCAUCCAUGUUAAAAGACAUAUUUAAAACAUAAAGACGUUGAUCAACAUUAGUCCCAUAUUGCAUUAAUUUAUUUAUUAAUAAUAAUAAUUAAAUGUAUUUAUUAAUAAAUAAAUACAAUGAAUAGAGGGUUACAUUAUUGCAUUUAUUGGCCUGACAUUAAGUUCAGUUAUGGCUCUGUGAAAGAAACUGUUUUUGAGUCUGGAGUUGCGGGCUCUGAGCGCCCUAUAGCACCUCCCUGGAGUAGCAGAGAGAACAGGUGAUGACUGGGGUGGCUGGAGUCUCUGAGGAUCUUGGAAGUGGUGUGUCGGCAGCGUGUCCUGAAAAUGUCUUUCAAUGGGUGCAGACUGAGUCCAAUGAUCUGGAGAAAUGAUCUCUGGCUUCUUUGAUUGGUCAAAUUAGCUCUCAUGUACAGAAACACACCCUCUGGUGGUGUCGGUGAGAAACUCUUAAACAUGUCAGAGACAGGUUUACCCUCAUAACUCUGAAUCAGCUGAUGUUCUCCGGCCAUUCUCCAAAGUCACUAUGACAUCAUCAUGACAUCAUCAUGAUGUCACCCCGCCUCAUUCUUCUUCUGUGGUUUCUCUUUCAGCUGACUGAGCAGCAGCUGUUUGAACGCAGCCGACAGUUUCUACAGCGUUUGAGGCGGAGCCUGGGCCAAGAGUCCUCCCUCUACCAGCAGGUGGUGUCAGUGCUGCAGGGAAGCCCCACCCCCUCACCUAAAGACAUAGAUGAGGUAGAGGAUGAUGACCUUUGACCCUGUUUGACACCCCUGAGUCUAUUUAUUCAGAGUUUUUCUCUUUUAGGUCUCCUCCCUCCUCAAAUGCCACCCCCACCUGCACAAGCAAUUCAGGGAGUUUUUCCAACAGCUCCUCACUCAGCCGUCACCCAUGGCAACCAGCCUCGCCACCACAGAGACAAACUACAUUUCCCAUGAUGCCCAGAGCCCAAACAGGGAGAGAGAGGAGGGUCUGAUGUCCGAAGACAGCGAGACAGGAAGUGAUAGAGAGGAGGAGUCAGAGCCUGCUGUAACCAUGACGACCAGUGACAAAGUUACAGCCUGGACCCGGUCAGAGCAAACACACCAUAACCUGUGAAUCAUUGAUUCAUUCACUUAUUCAUUUGUUCACACUGUGACCUUUGACCCCCCCUGUUUAGAGAGGAAGAUCGGGCCAUUCUGACAGCCUGUCAGCAGAGAGGAGCCAAUCAGAGAACACUCAGACAAGUCUCCGCCCACCUUGGGAACAAAACUGCUCAGCAGGUGGGAGCGCCGCUCUACUUCAGUUUUUAGUGCUUUUACUGUGAAAGGAACCAAAGGAAGAAUCUGGGCGGCCCCGACUUUUGGGCGCCCUCUGUUGGAGAACUAAGGCUGUGUCUCAUUUUAGAGACUGCAUACGGCUGAGCGCGCUCAAGCUGAGCACACCGCCGUUAUGUGGAUACAUCAGUAGAUCUUAUUUUGUUGCUAAUGUCUUCUUGCCCUGCACCAGCCAGGAUGAUUGUAUAAUGAGUGCCUGCAUCUAAAAUAUGUCAGUGUUAUAUUAAAGUUGUGUUAUUAUAAUGCUAUUAGUCUGCAUUAACUUUACUUCUACUUCUAAGUCAAAAAAUAUCCUUAAUUUAGACCUUGAUUUAGACCUGACAAUUGGCUAAUUGAAGCUUAUAUAUACACACCUGUAUUAGAUAAAUUACUUGAAAUACUACUUAGGGGGUUAUUACAAGUCUCUAUGGCUAGCCAAUAGUUCAAACACACCUAAAUGAGAGGUUAAAAUGAAAGAAAGCUAAUUUUGAAGUGCAGUGCAGUGCAGGUGGCCCCCACUGAGGAAACACUGGAGAGGGGCAAUAAAAACAUUAACUAAAUCAGCUAAAAACAUCAAACUAGAUACAAUUAUAGAAUACUGAUUAAAAACUAAAAUAACAUUUAAAAAUAAGUGAACACAUAGAAUAAACAUAAUGUGUAAAAUGAGGACUUAAAAUAUAUAAAUGAAAUAAAAUAAGAUAGAACUAGGAUAAAAAAUAUAGAUUAAAAAAUAAGACAUUAGUCAAAAGCCAAAUUAAAUAGGUGGGUCUUGAGCCUGCUUUAAACUAUGAUACCUGAAAGAACUGCUCCACCAUCAAAUUGGGCCACACCCACUUCAUCAACUCAUUUAAUUAGACACAGGUUUGAUUCAUUUAUAGAAAAGAGCAGUGUGACCCAAAAAGAGAAUGACUUUUAAUGUACUUUUGACUUUCUGUGUUGCUUUUGGAGUUAACAAAAAUUCGCCUAUUGAGGAAAAUAACAAAAUGAGAAAAAAUAUAAAAAGCUACCCCUAUGAAAAGUCUAUCAUAUUUUAAUUUACUUAUAUUGACCCUAAAAACUAUUUAGUAUAUGUAAGGUUUUGCCCACCCAAGUGGUACCGACAUCUGGUCCGGCUCAAGGACUAAAAUGGGACACCGUUAGCGCAGCGUGAUAACAUCACACAUACUUGAAAUGCACUGUUCGACGGUACUGUCUCUGAAAUGAGACACAGCCUAAAUGUGGUCCAAAUUCUCAGUGAGGACAGGGUUAACAGUGAACACAGCUCACCAGAACACACCUUCAAAAUAAAAGCACCAUCUGAAAACAGGAUAUUAUUAUUAUUAUUAUCGUUACAACAACAACAACAAUUAUUAUUAUUUAUUUUUAUUAUUAUUUUAUUAUUGUUAUCAUUAUUAUUAUUAAUCUUGUCUCUCUCUCUAUCCCGCGCUCUCUCCCUCCCCCCUCCCCCUCUCUCUCUCUCUCCUGCCCUCCCUCUCUCUCUCCCACCCUCCCUCUCUUUUUCUCUCCCGCCCUCUCUCUCUCUCUCUCUCUCUCUCUCUCUCGCUCUCUCUCUCCUCCCUCUCUCUCCCGUUCUAUCUAUCCUCCAGGUGAGUCGGCGUUUCAGGUACCUGAUGAAACUCUUCCAUGUCCAGAAGUCCGCUUCCUGUUCCUUAGAGGUCCAGCCAAUCAGAGCCCAGAAGGCGGGGCAGGACUGAACCCCAGAAGAGGCUGACACUGACUUAAAUCGGACCCUUGGAGGCCGGAGGGAAGCCAGGGGGGUUCCUUGGACUGAGGAGACACUCUCAGGGGUCUCUGUGGAGCAUGUCCUCUGUGACUGUAGGUCAUUAGACGGGCCGUCUGGAUGGAGGAACGUUCUCCAUGAUAGCCCCUCAAAAUGAUCUGAGGUUCUGUGAAGGAACGCUCUGUGAACAUUUGUCAGGUUUUAACAGGGUCCGAGCUGUUCCUCGGACCAGAACCAGGAUGAAUCACUGAAACACCUUCAGAACCCUCCUCAGGACCAGGACCAGGACUGCUGUAUGAAACUAUAAUCUGUUUCGAUCUUUUUUUUUCCUGCAGAAACUCUUUAUGAAGGUUCAUGACGCACUGGGGUCGGAUCAGCUGACCCUUCCAGUGAUUCCUAGCAGCCAGGUGUUGGUGAAGGAUGUGUCGGCGCCGACUGAAGGAUUUUUACAAAGUUUUGAUUUAUGUUGACUGAAGGAGGAGAUCUUCAAUAAAGCAAUUUGACGUCUCUGA